AACACAUUAGUCGUGGAGGAAAGACGUGUUGAAAUGGCCAAGGUAAAGAUUCCAAGCUUUAAACUGAAUAAUGGAAUGGAAAUGCCAGCUGUGGGUUACGGAACUUGGCUGGGAUUGAACAGUGAGUUCGAAUUACUCAUAGAGUACGCGCCGCAGCUGGUGGACGCAAUGAUGUACGCCAUCGACAUCGGUUAUCGACAUUUCGAUACGGCGCAUCUCUAUCGAGUGGAACCUGAGUUAGGUUACGCGGUGAGGAGGAAGAUAGAGGAGGGAGUCGUGAAGCGGGAGGAUAUUUUUAUUACCACCAAGGUAUGGCAACACAACCACCGGCCGUCAGACGUCGAGGCGUCGGUGCGCGCGUCCUUGAAACGGAUGGGUCUGGAUUAUGUCGACCAAGUGCUCAUACACUGGCCCAUGUCGAUAUCUCAAGACGGCGUGGACGAGAAAAUAGACUAUCUAGACACGUAUCGCGGUCUAGAAAUAGUUCUAGACAAGGGUCUGACUAGAUCCAUUGGUGUGUCCAACUUCAACCUGGAUCAGAUGAAAAGAUUGCUUGCGAAUUGUAAAGUGAAACCGGUUGUUAAUCAAAUUGAGGUCAACCUAACCCUCUACCAAACCGAGUUGAUCAAUUACUGCCAAUCACAAGGUAUCCUGGUGGUUUCCUUCUCAUCAUUCGGGUCUAUGACCAACAAGAUUAAGGAUACAGCUCCAGAACCUAGAUUGGAUAGUCCAACUCUAGUGUCUAUGGCCAAGAAGUAUGGGAAAACUGCGCCGCAGAUUGUGUUGAGGUUCUUGUACCAAAAAGGGAUAGCUACAAUUCCGAAAUCACUAACAAAGAGUCGUAUUCUUGAAAACGCUUCCAUAUUCGAUUUUCAAAUUGACAGCACAGAUGUUGCCACACUGGAAAAAUACAAUUGUGGAUAUCGCUCAGAGAGGCCCGUAUUCUGGCAGGAUUUCACAAAUUACCCAUUCGAUAUAAUAAAAGAUGCACCUCCCAUGGAAAUACCAUUGUCGCUGCGUAAAUGGAAAAACGGAGCGAACCUUGACAUCGAUUGUAAACCAAUCUCUCAGUAUUGUAUGAGAGCUUGCUUGUGUAGAAUGUAUUUGAUUUUAAUAUUUUCGUUUUUUAUAUCAAAUGCGAUAUGCGAUGAAACAGAUGGAGGGAAAGCGCCAAGAAAUCUUCUCAAUGAUGGCCACUUGAUGCCUGUUCUUGGUUUGGGAACCUUCUUAGGUUUCGACGAAAAUGGGCAGAAGGAGGUAAAAGAUAACGAAGUAGAAAACGCUGUGACGUGGGCACUGAAUGCUGGAUACAGAAUGCUAGAUACCGCAUCGGCAUAUCACAAUGAGGAGCAGGUCGGCGAAGGUAUCAGAAAAUCUGGUGUGCCCAGAGAUCAUGUGUUUAUAGUCACCAAGCUAGGGUUGCACGAACAGAGAAACGUGGUAAAUGCUUUGAAAGGAUCGCUGCAGCGUUUGAACACGUCUUACGUGGAUUUGUAUCUCAUACACAACCCUGUCGCUUUCAAGCCAGACCACAGCGGUUUCGAUGUCAUAGACUACUUGGACACCUGGAAAAGCAUGGAGGAGGUCAGGAAGCUAGGUCUCGCUAGGUCGAUCGGUGUGUCUAACUUCAAUAUCAGUCAGAUGGAAAGAUUACUCGAUAACUGUCACAAACGACCCGCCGUGCUACAAGUCGAGGUAAAUUUGAAUCUAGCACAGAACAAGCUGCUGGAGUUAACAAAGAGGGAAAACAUCGCUGUAAUGGCCUACACCCCAUUCGGGUCUCUCUUCGCGAAGGGGGACGAGCCUCCCCCCCGGGUGAACGAACCGGAAUUGAUGAAAAUGGCGAACAAUUAUAAUAAAACCGUCCCACAAAUCGUAUUGCGAUAUUUGGUACAAAGAGGUGUUAUACCUAUACCGAAGUCAGUUCAUAAGAACAGAAUAGAAGAGAACAUCGAUAUAUUUGACUUCGAACUUACGGAUAAAGAAAUGAUGGAAUUAAGUAAAUAUAACAAAGAUUACAGAGUGGUGUGGCCGAGUUUCUGGCAGGACCACCCAUAUUAUCCCUUUGAGAAAAAGGACAAGCCUGAUGCAGAUAUUUUUAAACCGAAACCGAAGGAAUAAUUAACCUAAUCUCCUGGUUUUGCUUGUGUUUUAAAUGAAAUAAUACAAUAUCAGAAAUUAUCUGGUUUAUAUAAAUACAAUAAAAAAUUCCAUCUGUAAUGCCGAAAUAUUAGUGUUCAAAAGUGUGUGAUAGUUAAUGCUUCUUUAUUUCAAAACAAUAGUUAAAAUCUCUGCCUGUUCGUAACAGCAAACCUCCGAAAAUGCUGGAACAAACUUGUCAAUAAAAAAUAAACUUCUACAACAU